UCCGGGUACACAGCGCCACCAACAGGAAGUUAUGGUAAAAUGGAAGUAGAAAACGAAUGUGCAAAUCUCAAGGAAGCAGCAUGAUGCUGUGGACUUAAUUGGGAUUGCAGAGGACUUUGUAUGCGGAAUUAUGUUGCAUUAAUCCAUGUGAUUCCGUCUUCGUAGGGAUUUGGCCGCUUUGUUUGAAAGUUGACAGGUCAGGUAAGCCGCCAGUAUGCUGCAGCAGAUCUUGCAGACGAUGACUGUUGACCCUGACCUCCUGGCUGAGUUGUCAGAUGAGCAGAGGGCCAUACUGUUUGUCAAAAUAAGGGAGGAACAGGUAAGGAGGUAUGAAGAAUAUGAAAAGAAUCUGCAAGACGAAAAGAUUCCACGGAAACCCAAGAAAGGAAGGAAGACGGUUGACUUCUUGCUUGGUAGAGAUGGUCAUGAGUGGGUGUGGGUGAUGGGGGAUCACAGGAACGAUAAGUCUGUUGAGGAGAUGAUUGAGCUGGAAAUGCACGAGAAAGCACUCAAAGAGGCAGAGCGAGAGAUUGAAGAAAUCAGGAGGAGAGAAGAGGCAGAGAUAAGUAAAAGGUUAGAGAUGGAGAAAUAUCGACUAGAGACAGAACAGAAGCAGAAGGAAGAGGAACUCAGGAGACAGAGGGAGGAAGCAGAGUUAUACGCAUCGCUGAAGCAGGCAAGAGAGGCUGCCAGAAAGUUAGAGGAGGAGAAACAAAAGGCUGAGGAGGAGGAAAAAAUUCGUGUGGAGCAACUUAGGCAAAAAGCCUGUCGGAGUUGUCAAGAUUUAGAUGAUAUGGAGCAUCGGUUUACUGAGGAUAAAAAAAGAUCUCUGGAAAGGCUGGUUAAAAACAAAAAUCGUCGUAGUUCAGAGAUCUUCACAGAAUACAUGUGUAAGAGAGAAGAAAUGGAGAAGAUUGCGGAACAGAAUAUACAGGAAGUGGAAUCCAACUGGCAGGAGCAGGAAAAAAAGGCAAAGAAGGCAGAAGAAGAGGUUAAGGAGUUGGCAAGAAGAGCCCGGAUUGAAUACAAGAACUCGUUACGUCAGGGCAUGAAUGCUCUAAAUGCUGUAUCAGCAUUCUCAGGGAACGGCACCAAUAGAAAACCACCAGUUCCUCCCAAAAGUGAAGAAUUAAGGAAGAGUGUGGCCAAGGUAAUCAACAAGAGGCCACCGCGUCCUCCCAAUAAACAGGCCGUGGUGGAGUGGUUUCUGGAAGAGGAAAGACCAAAAGGAGUCGGAACAGAACGGAAGACGGGAAAAGUGGCCUCAUGGUUUCAUGGGGUGAUAUCCCGACUGGAGGCAGAGAAUUAUUUACUCAACAAGACUUUAGGCAGUUAUUUAGUGCGAGUCAGUGAGCGUGUCUGGGGCUACACUAUUUCCUAUCGUGCCGAAGAUCGCUGUAAACACUUCCUUAUUGAUACCUCCGACUUAGGAUAUCAGUUCUUUGGAGCCAAUCAACUAAUGCAUAGAAGUUUAGCUGAAUUAAUCAACUUCCACAAGAGUAAUCCAAUUACCGUAACAGGCGGUGAACUCUUGCGUACCCCUGUGGGGCAGGUUAAAGACCCGCCUGACUAUCAGGACCUGAUGAGACCUCGUAUAACAGAGAGUACAGCAUUAUAGUCAGAGAAAGCACCAACCACAGAAUGACAGAUCUGAAAAACCAGCAGAGUGGACGGGACUAAAACCAUGGAAUUGUUGACAAACUAUGGCAUUACAGAUAAAAUCACCUGCUAAAUGGCAGGGCAGCUGUGACAGACCACCAAAACUCAAUUUAUAGUCGGUGUGGAAGUUCGAUCAGGGUACUGAAAGAUAUUAAUAAUCAGUUGUUCAAGUUUUCCCCUUUACAAUGUUGUUCACAUGAUCAAAUUUGCUGUAAUACUUGCUCACAUUUUUUUUUUCUUUUGUAUUAAUUAUAUUUGUACUAAUUAUAUUUUGCACAAACAAAAGUGAUUAGAGGUGAUAUUUACCUUUUGAUUUUUACUUUUCUAUUUUUUGUAUUCAGCUUAGAGAUGGAUAGGUUGUAGAUUACACAGCAGAGCUGAGUUAGAGUAGUUUGAUAUAAUGAUGCAAAAUAUUUGUAUUGUGUGUUAUGUUUUUCCAAAAUUUUAUAUGACUAAAUUUUCUCAAUGCCUUCCGAAUGAAAUAAAGCUGUCCCACUACUCAGCAUUCACAAUCUAUUGCAGACAUUCCUAGAUCUGUAAAGUCUGUAAUAAUUGUUAAUUAUAUCAAUACAUAUUAUCUUUUUAUUUUAUUUUACGCUUGCUCAUUUGCUCCACCCACCACUUUCCUUGGAUCUGCCCAGAGAUUUUAUGAUUCAAGUUCUAUAUCAAAAGGGUUUGGGGUAAAAUUAAUACUUCCUACUUGUGUUUGUACAAUCAUGUCUAAAAAGUGAAAAACUGUCCAUUACAUGCACCGUAUUGUUCUAUUAUUGAUGAUUAUUCAUGUAAAUCCAGUAUUUUUCCCAGUCGUAUAGUGAUAGAAGAAUGGAAAGUGUUGGAUAUUGAUACACAACUUGACAAUCUAUUCUUGAUUUUUAUCUCAGAUACCCAUGUUAAGUUCUGACAAAAUGCAAAGUCACUUUAUUAUGGGGAAAAAAAAGCUCUGCUCAUCAAUACCUGAAUGUCAUUUGAUGUAAGAAGCUUUUGUAAACUUUGAUCUGUUGUAGGACAAUUUGCAUAUUUUUGGAAAAAACUUUGCAAUUACUGUUUAUCAAGUUAAAACUUGUUUAGAAAUGAAGUUGACUUCUGACAACGGUUGUUUGCUGUAGACUGAGAUUGAGUUUUAAAUGAUAAUGUUGUUAUGCAGAAGUGCCCACCAUUUUCCAGUUGUUGGUGUUACUUUUUAUGUACAGGUUAUAAGUGCUGUUAUUUUGUAUGGAAAUGUGUAUAUAGUAUAUACCAGGUUGUAACCACAUAUAUCUUCAUAUCAUUUUUAUUUACAUUGUUAACAGUUUAACUGGGUGUUACUGUUUUUAAUUUGAAUUCUGCUUAUGCAUUACUUUCCUCAUGGGAGAAAUGAAAUAAUUUCUGAAAAUUUGUAUAUUUGAUGAAUUUUUUGGUUGUAUUAAAAAAAAAAACCAGAAGCAUUUUUUUGGUUUCAUUGCAAUGCAUUCUUGAUUUUCUCAAUACUAAAAUUCAUUGUUGCAGGUGCUUGAUCCCCAACCACAUACAGGCACAAUCUACUGUAUUUAUCAGUGCUCCUUGGUUUUUUUUCAAGCGUUCUGCUGGUAAUGGAAUCCAAUUUUUCAUCAAAUUAUUUCAAGGUUGUGAAUUAAUUAAUUAUGGUUCAUCAAACUAGUGAAAAUUACUCCCCAGUGUUUACAGACCACUGCUCGUGUACUGUGAUAUAUUCUGUGUAUAUAUCAGAGAUGUUACUCAUUUUUAUAGCUUCAAAGGCUAAGAGUGGAUUCCUUUCAUCAUGAUUUUUUGUUUUAAUUUUAAAGCAUCACCCUAGCAUGUUUUUUUUAUUUAUUCCUGAAGUUUUACUUCUAGUCAUAAUUUUUCUUAUACUUUGUAACUUUUUUGCUUUUGAUUGAUGGUAUGCUAUCAACUGGAGCUAAAUUCACCCUAGAGCGAUAUAUAAUCUAGGGUUAAAUUGUUCAUGUUUCUGGGAGAGUUUCUUUUUUCAUUUUUUUAAUUGUUUAACUGGAAAGGAAAAUUUUAUGAGUGGAAACUUUUUUGGAACUAUUGAGCAUAUCUUAAAAUUGCUUAAUCUUCUAUAAGGUGAAUUUGUUUACCAUUUAUUAAAAUAAAUAUAUAUUUGUAAACAAA